GAUGAACAUUGACCAGCUGGACUUUAGCAGCAACAAGAGCGUGUUUGACGCGGACGGCCAAGAGCUCAAACUGCUAGCCCUGGGCGACAAACUGCUGCCAUGUUUCGGUGAAGGCAAUUUCACCAAGGUGAAGGACAUAGAGAUCAGAGACGAUGACGUUGUCCUGGUCGGUUACCCAAAAACCGGUUGUCAUUGGACCUGGGAGGUUUUGAACCUGAUGUUAAACCAACACUCAGACUUGACCGCCCUCAGUAAACUGGCGGGAUUUCUCGAGGUGGCGUCUGGUGAGUUCAUGGCUCGCACACCCGGCCCUCGCGUCUUGAACUCUCACCUCUGGUUCAACUCUCUACCCCGACAGGUGGCGGAGAAGAAAACGAAACUAAUCCUAACGGUCCGGAACCCUAAAGACACGGCCGUGUCCUACUACAACCACGCCCUAAGCAUGCAGUGGAUACAUGGAUACAAGGGGACGUUCAACAGCUGGCUGCAGCUGUACCUAGAUGGAUUAGGUGACAGUGUGGGCUUGGAGUACGGAUCUUACUUUGACUAUUACUUGGACUGGGAUCAAGUAAUCAAGGCUAACCCAAGACAGCCCGUUCUUGUGGUUUACUAUGAAAACAUGAAAAAAGACCUUCCAAGGGAGGUUAGAAGGCUGGCUAAAUACCUGGGGUUAUCCCUUUCUGAUAACCAUAUUGAUAGGAUCGCUAGAGUUGCAGAAUUCGACGCAAUGAAACAAGACUUUGUGGAUAGAAAUCAUAUCAGUCUAAGGCAUUUAAGGAAAGGUCAAGUAGGCGACUGGAAAAAUUGGCUGACUGUGGCCCAAAGUGAGGCCAUUGAUGAAGAGAUGAAAAAGUUGGAUGGAACACGUUUUGCGGAUCAAAUAUAUGUGUUGUGA